AUGGACUGGGUGCUGCGGCCUCACUCUGCAUAUGCUGCGGCCAUCAUUCAUAGUGACACCUGGGAGCAGCAUAAGCAGCAGGUGGGAGCAGUGCUUGAGUCCCUGAAGAAGGCGGGGCUCACGGCCAAUCUGAGGAAGUGUGCUGUUGGACGGAGGGAGGUAAGGUAUUUGGGGUACCACUUGGGGGGCGGGCAGGUGCGACCACAGAUACAAAAGACCGCAGCGGUUGCAGCCUGCCCAAUACCCAAGACAAAAAAAGAGGUCAGGAGGUUUCUGGGGCUGGCCAGUUACUAUAGGAGGUUCAUUCCGGCUUUCUCGGAGCUGACCAGCCCCUUAACCGACCUGACCCGAAAGGGUGCCUCAGAUCCGGUCCAGUGGACGGAGCCGUGUCAGCUGGCAUUUGAGAGGGUGAAGCAAGCCACUUUUGGGGAGCCACUUUUAUACACUCCUACCUUUUCUCUCCCUUUCAUCCUGCUGACGCUUCAAACAACUUUGGCGCCCAGCCCAUGUCAUGGCUGA